AUGCCCAGCCUUGGUCCAAAAAGGGCAUUAUCGCCAUUGGUGAGAACCCAAUUUUAUUUUCAUUUUCUGAGCCAUGUUAAGGCCCAAGUUCGUUUAAAUGGGCCCAUGUGUUAGGCCCACUUAGCCCAUUAACGCGUAGGAUAAGUACAGUUGACUACAGAUAACCGUACCUCGGACGAUUUGAACAGUUUGGGGGAGAGAGAGACAGAGAGAGAGAACGGAGGACGGUGAUGAGGGGGGCCCGAGCUCGAUGGAUUUCGUUCUUCCGUUCUUCUCUGCGAUCGGCACGAUCGACGCCCUCUGUUACUAGUCGACACUUUUCCUCAGGGUCUGUUCAAUUCCACUCGGAGGUAGGAGCUAAGUUUCAAUGCAUUACUUUGUGACGCUCAAUCGUCUGUGAAAGGGUUUUGCAUCUUCUUUGUCAGUUUAUUGAAACCGUGAUAUGCCAAAUUUGGUUCGGAGAGUUCCUUGCCGUGCAGUGGGCAGACUUUCUGACUGACUGUGAACUUUCUCUGGUUUUUAAUUAUCUAUGGCUUCACUUUCUUGGCAAUUUUGUGAUGACCGUAAAUCCUCCUGUCUAAAUGAUGGUGUUUAGAAAUUUUCAUCACAUUUAAAAAAAAAUGUCUGUGCUCAUUUUCGUCAUAUUUUUGAUUCGUCUGACAAGCAAGUUCGUCGGAUUCUGGUGCGUUCUAACCUACUUUAUUAGUUUAUUUUUAAGGAUAGCCUCUUGAUGUUGGGGAGUUUGAAUUUUUCUAUUUGUAACAUUUUCGUCGAAUAUGCAGAAUAUGGGAUUCAUAGGCCUCGGAAAUAUGGGAUUUCACAUGGCUAAGAAUCUCAUUAAUGCCGGCUACAAGCUCACUGUUCAUGACAUGUAAGUUUCAUGCAAUUCCUCCGAAAUUUCUCAAUGUCACGGCCUUAGAUUUUUAAUGUGGACGAGCUAUCCAAUACCUAUUUGUGUAUGUGCUAGGUUGGGCAUCAGCAUUGUCCAUGAAUAUUUUAUCUAGUGUUUGGUAUUUGAUAAGGCUUCAUUUCAGGUUCAAGUCCAAAUUUAGUUCGUUAAUGGGGCUUUGCUCAUUCCCUUGCCACGCUUAUACCCUGUGGUAGCCGAUUCCUUUAUGGGGGAGGAUUCUGCUCCCCCCAGAAUAUAGAUGUAUACUAUAUACAAAACAGUGAGGGUCAGGUGAAUUUGAACUAGAUUUGGCCUAAGCUCAUCGUACUUAGAACCAAAUAAUGAUAAAUAGACUCAAAAGUGGAUCAUCCAAUUCAGAUUGACCAGUUCUAGGCUAAAUUGGAUCGAUAUGGUUUGCCCUAAGGUCUAGAGUGGGGUUAAAUGAUCCGGUAUAUGAAUGGCACUACCUACCAGUCAACUGGCUGCCAAUCAGGAACUGGAGCUCUUCCCUCAAAUUAUGCCAUGAAAUAAUGGCCCGUAAUCAAUUCUUGCCGAUUUUCCCGUGGCAAGCAAGUUCCAAAUUCUUGCUGCGACUAAUAUUUUAGUCCUGUAGUUAGAUUAGGACGAAUGGAUGCCACGUGAAUGAAUUUUCUCUGAAGGAUGUGAUCAGCACAGCAUUUCCAAACCUUGCCUUGGCCAACAUUGAUUCAAGAUUCAACCAAUGUUAAAGUAUGCAAUUUAGUAACUUUUUAGAAUUUAUGAUUUAUAUUUUUUCAUUAGUAGCUUUUACCUUGUUCUCUCAGGCACGAUGGAACUCACCAAGCAGUGUGGCCUUACUCUCUCUCUUGCUGUUUAUAUAUACAUAUACGAAUAUUUAAGUAUGUAUAUAUAUAUAUAUCGAGUCUCUCCAUAUCUUUCCCUUAACCGCGCCUAUCUGUCCAUCUCUCCUUCUAGAUGCUCUGUAUCGUUCUAUUUGUUCUAUAUUGAUGAUAAUCAAUAAAUUAAUGUUUUAUGCUGUUGAUGUUUUUUGAGUAAAUUAGUGUAGUAUAUUUUGUAUAGGUUGUGCUCAUGAUCGUUUAGAGGAUAGUUCAAGUAUUUAUAUUUUUUUAUCUUUCUAUUGAAGCUGAUUAAUAACUAAGCAAUUUUUUCUUUUGAAUUUAGCAACCAUAAUGCCGUGAACAAAUUCAAAGAAAUGGGGAUUGCUACAAAAGAGACACCCUUUGAUAUUGCAGAGUCGAGUGACAUUGUCAUUACAAUGCUACCUUCGUCAGCCAAUGUGAGUUAUGUUGAUCCUGGUUUGACAAUAUUUAGUUUGACUAUAUUCUUUUUUCAGCUUCUAAACCUUAAAUUUUCCCUUCUUUAGCCGGUGGUUGAUAGCAUAAUUUAUGACAGUGUCUUGGUUCAUGAUAAUUUUUGUUGCCCUUCCUUCUUGGAGGAAGGGCUUGCAAUAAUGGCAUCCAUUGAUUUUCUACUUCCAUUUUAAUUUACAUUAAAUUAAAUUAUAAAAAUCACGGGCACCAAGUUUCAUUUCUUAAAGAAAAAUCAAGAGGGUGGUUGUUACCUUAGUUUUUUCCAGAAAAUAAUUGAGAUUAUUAAUAUAAUUGUUUUUUCUAAGUGCUAUGGUGGUACAGUAAGUUUUUUUUAAUCGCCUGCAUCGUAGGUUUUGGAGGUGUACACUGGGAGAAACGGCUUGCUGCAUGGGAACAAUCCUUUACGACCUUGGUUGUUCAUUGACUCUUCGACAGUGGAUCCUCUAACUUCAAGAACCAUUUCAGAGGAAAUAUCAAAUCGCCUCCUGAAAGAAUGCAGAGGUCAGCCAUUCCUCUUUGGAUAUUUAAGAGAAUGUUUCUUCAUCAUUGAUAUUUGUUAAUUUUUAAAAAUUUAUGUCGGAAUUAUUCUACCAAAUAAUAAGGGGUAAUAAAUCUCCAGAACAGACCUUUUGCCGGAAAGGCCUUGAAAGUCAAUAUUUUUCUGCUAGAAUUUGGUAUCAAAAUCUGUUAUUCUCUUAAGCAGAUUAGUUAUCUUCCCAUUUCUGUGUAAACCCAGAAUUUUUUACAUGCAGGUGACUCAAGUAGUCCAGUCAUGUUGGAUGCUCCAGUUUCCGGAGGUGUUCCCGGUGCUGAAUCCGGGACCCUGACCUUCAUGGUACUUUUAGGAUAUCAUUUCCUCUCUUAAGUGGCACUAAAAGCUUCUAAUGUACUUUCUCACCCGUCGUAAUCAUCAAAUUCCUUCUGGUAAAAAAUUUCCUGACAAUCUGAAUUAGCUUUUACCAAUACUAUAUAUAUAUAUUAUGAUUGGGUCCCUUUUUUUGUGGAUCAAGGUUGGUGGCUCUAAAGAAGCUUUCAAGGCAGCAAGACCUGUGUUUCAGUCCAUGGGGAGACAAACUGUCUACUGUGGUGCAGCAGGGAAUGGUGCUGUAGGUUUCAUAUUCCCCAGGCUGCAUUCUUAGGCACAUUUCUUCAUAAUUAAACAUAAACCAUAGUUUUCUCACCCCAAAUCAUGUGAAGGUGCCUGAAUAUCAAACCAUUAUGCUCCUGAUGGAAAAUGGAAUGUUUAUGACUUAUAUCGGUAUCUCUGAUCUGAUGUAAUCACCAGCCUGGUUGAUGAGGUUUACCUGAUUUGUGCUCUGUAGGCGGCGAAAAUCUGCAAUAAUCUGGCUAUGGCGGUGAGCAUGGUUGGGGUUUCCGAAGCCUUUGCUCUUGGUCAGCGCUUGGGUGUCUCUGCGACUGUGUUGACGGAUAUCUUCAACUCGUCGAGUGCUCGUUGUUGGAGCAGGUACCUUCAUUUCACCCUACUCUGUUGAUGAAAACAGGAGCUAAUGGCAGGUGGCCUGAUCGGCAAUGCUAAUUCCAAUAGAGAGAGAGAGAGAGAGGUGCACUGACAACAGACAAUUGACCACCCACGCAAUACGGAGAGAGCCAUUGCUAAGCAUCAUUGAAUCUGGUGAGAAGCUCGGUCGAUUUCUUAACGGUUCUCUGAUCCAUGACAGCGACACCUAUAACCCCGUUCCCGGGGUGCUUGCCUCGGCUCCUUCCUCGAAGGGCUACUCCGGCGGGUUCUCAUCGAAGCUGAUGGUAUGCAUCCCCUGACCUCUGCAUAUACGGGAGAACUCGUUGACGGGCUCUUUCUUGGUCAACGAAGACUUUUGGCCUCGAAUGAAGCAGAGGGUGGAUCAUCCGAUGGUUGACAAAUGUCAGACCGGCAUCACCACCCCCCCUCAUUCUGGUUUCUUUUUUUUUGGGGGGGGGGGUGGUCAACAUUUUGAUCCUUGAUUUUGCCGCAGCUCAAGGACCUGGCCCUCGCAUUCGCCUCCGCAAACGGCGUCCGGCUUGGUUGCCCGCUAGCCGCCAAGGCUCUGGAGAUGUAAGCCCCCCGUGCUCCGCCAGGUAGUCCUUUCGCUUUCGACUGAUGGAUCGAUUGACCGAUCGGCCUCAGCCCUACAGAUACGCGGAGCUGUGCGAGGGCGGGCACGAGGCCGAGGACUUUUCCUGCGUCUUCCGCCACCAUUACUCCGGCAAGGAUGAGAAGGGUUUCUAG